UUUAGAACGAGAACUACAAUUACAUCCGGUCGAUCCUGGCAGGUAACAUAAGAGAGUGAUACUACAACUCUGAAUUGGGAUUCAUCAUGGACUCGACUUUUGACAAUGACUGAAUUAUUUAAUGUUUGAUAUGUUUGUGAUUUGAAAGGCACAAAUUUCAACGUGACUAGUCAAAUCAAAUUAAAAAUUUACAACCAUGGCAACAGCAGACACAACUCAACCUCAGAAGCACAGUAGUAGGCGUAGGAGUCGGAACCAGCAGUCAUCACGUAUGGAGAAUGACUUUGUUCCCAAUAACAGCAGUGCAAGUUCAGAGAGUCCUGGUGAAUCAUCUACUCAUGGUCACCAUCAUCACCACCACCAUCAUAGACUCUCUCGUCAGUCAUCACGUCCAACCAAACAGCUAGACUUUUAUCAGGCCAUGUCCGACUUUAAGGUCAUGUUCCCUAUGAUGGAAAAUGAUGUGAUUGAAGCAGUACUGAGGGCAAAUGAUGGGGCUGUGGAUGCUACAAUUGACCAGCUGCUGACGAUGAGUAUAGACAAUGAUGGUAGUGAUUCACCUGUUACUGUGCCAUCUGACCUCAUUUCUCCCUUGUCUGACGAUUGUCCUGAGUACAAUGAAGAGAGGACAGAGGAUUCACCACCCUCCUACACAGAGGCUGUUCAUUCACAUGACUCCAGCAGUAUCUGGACCACGCCUAUUUCUAGUCAGACCCAAGACCACUCAACAUCAUCAACAAUUAAAAACAAGUCACCCUCGGGCUCCCUCAAAAAGGAACAACAGAAUGGAAGCAAGAGAUCACCAUCUUCAUCUCUGGGGUCAAGAUUCAGAGGUCGUGACCUUUUAGAUGGGGAUGUUGAUGAAUUAUCUCUGUCUAAUACAGAACUAAAGCGCCCCCUACCUAAUUCGGACAUAAUUCAAAGUCGAAUUCCAAAGAGAAAUUACCGUAACUGGAACCCACCAAUGCUGGGAACUUUACCUGAAGACUUUUUAAGAUUGUCAGUGACUCCCCAGCCCCCCUCCUCUCUUACCCUCUCUACACCACCUAUGCUUACUAGCCCUGUGCAUCAGUCACUUGAUGAUAUGGCAUCUUCACAUGACGUCACACCUAAAUCUCAUAGUACACGACACAAACAUUCAAAGUCGAGUCGUAGUCAUGGAGAACGUAAGAGGAUGUCACGUAGUCUUAGCGAGAAGACAAGUGAAAAGUCAUGGUUGACAUCCCAAAACAAGGAUACAUCACCUUUAAUGCAUCAGAGUUCGUUUAGUGCUAGAGGCAGUGCUCCUGGAUCAAAGUCAUUGAUGAUUUCGUCUAUGGAGUUCAGCCAGGACAUGUUAGAUGAAAAGAUGAAGGAGAAUGAGAGAAGAAGAAAGAGAGCAGUGAUGAAUGCUGACCCUGAAAUGUCUCAGUACCUGGAGGACGAGAGGCUGGCCAUUAUGUUACAGAACAGCGAGUUCCUGCAAGAGCUUAGGAGCAACGAGGAUUUCAUGAAAACACUGGAGAGGGACCGUAUGAAUUUGUCAGCCUUUGAGCCUAUCCCUGAACCCCCCCAGCAACUUCCUCCACUAGAACACGAAGGGUAUGGACAGGACAGCACCGAUCAUAUGGAGGCGUUUCCCUUCAGUCAGCCCAUACCCAAAGAUAAAGAUGAUGAUGCCGAGCUGAGACGCCAACUUAACAAUAUGGGUGGAGCAUCAAGAAAGCAGUUUGUAGCAUUAGCAAAGAAGUUUUUCUCUAGAAAGAAGAAAAAGAUGACUCUGAAACAAAUACAGAAAGAGAAGUUGGCACCCUCAAUGGUAAACCUCCUUGACAGUGACGAAGAGGACUUCAAUGCACAUGACCAUAUGGAUCACCCCUACAACCAGCGAACAGAGAUAGAACCUUUGCCAAGCAGUAUUACAGCAGUGCCAAGCUACAAAACAGUACAGCGUCCACCAUAUCACCCGGAUACCAUCACUGCUUACCAUGACAACCAUGCAACAGACAUGGUGUAGUUGUCAUAGUGACACAAAAACUCUAGGGCAACCUCAACUGAUACUCAUAUCUUUAGUACAGUGCAUUUAAAAAUCAGUUAUCUCAUCGAGUAUGUUUAACCAAAGAUGAUAUGCUGUAUGUGAUAUCUCCCCUUACCCUUAAUUUUCACUGAUGACCAGUACUGUUCUGGACCAAACCAUACCUGUGAGCAGGGAGGAAACAUUGAAAUUUUAUUUUCAAUUUUGAUUUAUUUAAUUGUCCAAAGGUUGCAAGGGUACAAAAGCUUUCUGUGGGGGUUUUAAUUUUUUACAAGCAAUUUUAACUUCUACUGUAAAACUCUUAAAAGUAAUAUUUGUUAAAACAACAUUCACUUUUAUUUAAUGUUAAUGGUUGUUUUACUCAUUUUUCUGAUUUUGAAAUUUUCAUAAAUAUAAAACUAAAUAACAAACACUCAAAGAAUCUUAUCAAGGGUAUUUCAUUAAUUAACAUGAAUUUGACGUGCAAUUAAAAAAUAAUUUUUUUGAAUGACAAAGCUCAUUUUUGUUGACUUUUGCAAUAGAUAUACCAAUACAUUGUAUUAUUACCAAUAGUUUGUAUAUACUCAACGCUCGUUUAUAACUCUUGUACCAUAUAAGGCUAAUUGGAAUUUUAAUAUUUUACUCUGUGAUAUAUAUAGAGUAAUCUUGUUAUGAAGUGUUCAGAUGAUCAGGAUGUGUUCCGUGAGGAUAAGUUUGAGGUGUGGAUGUUCUUUACUGACCGAGGAUGGCUGAGGUGCUGCGAACCUCCAUACAGGAAGUGGGCUUUCAUUGAGAAAUAACAUUGUGUAUAGUUAUGAUACGAGGACGUUGGUAAGUGUAUGAAUACUUACCAGUUCUACAGGUGUACAAAGUACACUGUACAUAGAAUACAUGCAAUAUAUUGUAGAUGAUAAUACUUAUGUAUAUUUGUAUAUAGGCUGUAAGUUCACCAGCUUUAAGCUCAUUACAGUCACAUGAGAAUCAUGACAUAGUGCCAGGUUUUAUUUCUUAAUGUUUUUUCAUCUUAAUUUCUUAUUACCCUCUUUAUUCAUAUUAAUAUUGAUGCACAAAUAUGUGUAUACUUUUUAGUGUUUGAGGUAGAGAGAGUUCAUUUCAUACAGUACUCCUAUUGUUAUACAGAUUGUUGUUGGAUAAAAGUUUGGUCUAUUAUAUACCAGAUUAUACGAUUGUUUUAAAAAGGCAAACUGAAGUAAUAGUUUUACGCACUACCAAAGUAUCUAAAAAAGAGAAAACAAAUGUCUGUUUUUUGUAAAUCGUACUAACGUUGUGACAGUGUACAUCACAUUUAUAUUUCAAAGAGCAAUGGUUACUUCCCAAAGGUAGCAUGAGUAGAUUUUUUCAUUUCGUAUACAAACAUUUAACACAAAAAUUGAAGCAGACAAUCAUUAUUAUCAAUAACAAUUGGCCUGGAAUCAACUGUUUUUAAGCCAACAUUAUUAUCAAUAACAAUUGGCCUGGGAUCAACUGUUUUUAAGCCAACAUUAUUAUCUUCUAUGAAAGUUACCAGACCUGAGUCUGAUACUUUGAAUGAACUUCCAAAAAAUAAACUGAAAAUUUCAAUUUUGAGUUUGUUUAUAACUAUUCGAAUUCACUGUUAAAAACAUAGCACCAGAGUAAAUGGUUAAGAACUUUGGCUGCAUCUGCUGUCAAAGUGCACCAGUCAAAAAAAUGGAUUUAAGAUUGUACAGUGUUAUGUUUAACUGCUUUCAGUUAUAUAACUGUCGAAGUUGGACAAAUUGCCACAGCUUAUAACUAAUAUAAGGGAACUAUUCAAUGUUUAGCUAGUAAAGUCACAGAUUUGACCUAUUUCUGUCCAGAAUAUGAAGUAAAACUGUAGACUGCCCAGUAUAGGAGUAUGUGAUGUACACACCUCUUGCUCACUGAUAUACCAGGUACACUGUCUGUUUACUGUAUUACACAGGUUUAACAAUAUAAAUGUGCACCUUUGUAAUACAGUCACACUUUUUGUGUGAAAAUUUCGCACUUCAAAACAAAGUUUAUGUAAACCAAGAAAUAAUUUGUUUUUAAUGCAUUUUCAUUGAUUGAAAAAUUAGAAUGGUCAGUUUUUAGUAUGCCUGAUUUUAUAGAACCAUAUUUUUAUACUUACGAUACAAUCCUACUACUUCCUAGCUAAUAGAGUUUUAUUUUUUUUAACUUUAAAUUUGUACUAGAUUUUUUUUUCUAUAAAAUAAUGACUUAUAACUAUAGCCAUAUUUUGUCUUUUUUACUUUAAUAAUACAUUAUGUUAUUUGAUGAUAAAAAGGAACUGGUAUUUCAGAUAUUGUAAAUGGCGAGUUUUAAUGUAAGAUUGAUAUGAGAUAAUGCUAAAAUUAAAAUGCCUAUUAAACAGCGUGAUGUUUCAAGUGUACAAAGGUGAAAAAAUAUUAUAAAAGACAGAAUAUUGGAUACGAUACUAAAUCCAUGAUUAAGAUUUUUUCAAGAAAAUAUAUCUGGUAUCCUGGAGUCAUAUUUACAAAUCAAAGUUAUUCUUGCUCAAACUAACAUUUCUGCUCAAAUGCAAAUGGUAUUUGAAGUGAAAAAAUGGAUCUUGGAAGUCAUAAAGAUAGAUUUCAGUACGGUAAUUGAAAUGUUUCAUCUGUGUUACCUUGGUAAAUGUUAACAGUCCUGUGGUGAAUUCAGCAAAACACUGAGGACUAUCUCAGUAGUUUGUAGUGGUAUAUAUAUUUACUUAGACACCAGGAGUUGGUAGUGAUAUAUUUACUGAGACAUUAGGAGUCGGUAGUGAUAUAUUUACUGAGACACUUGGAGUUGGUAGUGAUAUAUUUACUGAGACACCAGGAGUUGGUAGUGAUGUAUUUACUGAGACACAAGGAGUUGGUAGUGAUGUAUUUACUGAGACACUUGGAGUUUGUAGUGAUGUAUUUACUGAGACACUAGGAGUUGGUAGUGAUGUAUUUACUGAGACACUAGGAGUCGGUAGUGAUGUAUUUACUGACACUAGGAGUUGGUAGUGAUAUAUUUACUGAGACACUAGGAGUUGGUAGUGAUAUAUUUACUGAGACACUAGGAGUUGGUAGUGAUGUAUUUACUGAGACACUAGGAGUUUGUAGUGAUGUAUUUACUGAGACACAAGGAGUUGGUAGUGAUGUAUUUACUGAGACACUUGGAGUUGGUAGUGAUGUAUUUACUGAGACACUAGGAGUUGGUAGUGAUGUAUUUAUUUAGAUCAUAUAAAAUAAAGUCUUGACACCAUAUUGAUACCCUCAUAUGAGAUGUUACUGGCAAGUCAUUUAUUUGUAUCAGCUGAGUAUCAGAAUACAUGUAUUUUGUAUCAGCUGAGUAUCCGAAUAUUUUGUAUCAGCUGAGUAUCAGAAUUAUUUUGAUAGGUAGAAUUAACUAAUAUACUUGAAUUGGUGGUGAUU